UUGUAAGUGCCCUCAACCUGGAAGAGCAUAGCUUUGUCUUCUCUACCUGUCUGUCCUUUUUGGACUCUCUCUAUCUCGCCAUUUGUUCAAUGUUCGUCUCUUUGCUCUGGUAUUCAGUGUUUUCUUGUAUGCUGUGAAGUGUGGGAGGAGUACUGAGAGGAGUCAUGGUCAGACGCCAUGGAUGUGAGCUCCCUGUCAAUGUUUUCCAGGUUGUCGCUAUCACCGUUUUCUUUCUGCUGGUUAUCGCAUUCUAUGCCUUCUUUGCACCAUUUCUGGGCAAAAGUUUUUUUGAAUAUGCUGCAAUCUCUGCUUACACUCCUGUGGCAAUAGCAGUUUUUAUCCUAUACAUACGUUGUACACGUAUCAAUCCUGCUGAUCCUGGAAUCAUGGGAAAAUUUGAAGAUGUGCUCAAUGAUAUAUCUAAUGCUAAUUUUAAUCUAGAUUUGCAAAAGUUGAAUAAACCUGAAAACUUCAAUAAUGUUGGAGGUGGAAUGCUUUCUUCUCCAUCGUCAACGUGCAGCCAUUCUCUGGACGAUUCUUGCAAAAGAGUGUCAGUUGGAGAUGAUAAAGAUAUAUCUGCAGUUACACAUCAAAGAAAAAGCUCUUUAACUUGCUGCAACCUUGGAGGACUUGUCUGUUUAAUUUUUGCCAAAGAUGAUUGCCGCAAAGAGGAAGCUAGUGAGCAAAAUGCUGAUGCAGAAGAUGUUUUAUUCUGUACUUUAUGCAAUGCGGAGGUGCGUAAAUUCAGUAAACAUUGUAAAAGCUGUGAUAAAUGUGUGGAUGGAUUUGAUCAUCAUUGUCGGUGGCUGAACAAUUGUGUUGGCAGAAAAAAUUAUUUCACAUUUAUCUCUCUCAUGGUAAUGAGCGUUGUUUGGCUUUUGAUUGAAUUCGGACUUGGUAUUGCUGUUCUUGUGCUCUGCUUUGUUAAUAAAACAAACACAGAGAAAAGCAUCACUGAAAAGCUUGGAAAUGGUUUCUCUCAUGCUCUAUUUGUAACAAUAGUGGCUAUAUGUACUGCAUUGUCAUUACUAACUUGUGCACCUCUAGGAGAACUUCUAUUUUUUCACAUGAUUUUGAUUCGAAAGGGCAUCACAACUUAUGAGUAUGUGGUCGCAAUGAGGGCUAUGAGUGAGGCAGCACCGGCUAUCUUAGAUGAUGAGUUUCAAGAGGGAGCUCUGUAUUCUCCUACCAAUUCUGCGACCACCACCAGAAGCGGUGGAAGUUCUCUUAGUCUUCAAUAUAAAGGUGUUUGGUGCACUCCUCCAAGAGUGUUUGUUGAUCAACUGGAUGAAAUCAUACCACAUUUGGAACCUGGGAUGAUACCAUCAACAAUCGAUCCAGAUUCAGCAGUGAAUGCAGAAAACAGGAACAAGUCUAAGAAAGCAGUUAAAAUAAGUGCUUGGAAGCUUGCCAAGUUAGACUCUAAUGAAGCAAUGAGAGCAGCUGCCAAUGCCAGGGCAUCCUCUUCUGUUCUUCGGCCUGUAGAAGCUCAUCGCACGCCUGAAGCUGAUUGCGGUUUCAGUGGCAAUGCUAGCAUUAGAAGCAGUACAAGCACGGAUUAUAGGACAACCAAAGAAUUAAAGACCAAGAAGAAACCAUCCCCUCUGGCAAGCAAAGAGGAUUUCGAAAGUGUCACAUCUACUGCAACUGCAAGUUGCCUCAGCAGCCCAAUUCACAUCCAUGAGCCGGUUGCCCUUAACUUGCUUCCCUUGCACCGGUCUCUUCCAAGUACUGAGCUUAGCAGGGAUGGAAGAAGACCUUUGGUUGUAUGGGACCAAGAAGCAGGCCGUUACAUUUCAUCGAUUCCAGCAUGUUCUAGAGCUGAGACUUCAAUACAGGGCCCUUCAAGAAAUUCUCAUAUUCCAUCGCUAAAAAAUCCUUCAGCAGAGACAAGUAAUCAUGGAAGAAGGCCGAAUGUUCCCAGCUCUUCUGUGGCUGCUCCUGUGCUGCAACCAGAUAGAUUUUCUGUACAGAGAACAGUCUAUAUUCUUUGGAGGACCCAUUUUGAAUGUUCGUCCAGGUGAUAUCACUCGCAGGAAUGAUGGUAAUUCCCGGCUGACAAGAAAUCAAGAGGGUAUGUGAUCUCACUUGUGAGAUGUGAGAACGUAGUAAUGCCAGUGUUUCAUACCGGCAGUGCAGAAAGCAUUUUUGAUUAGAAUGUCGUCUAGCUCAAAAACUGUCAGUUUGGUUCGUUAAUUAUUAUUUUCUUUUUAAUAUUUUUCAUUGCAUUAGAACCAAAGUGGUGACAAUAGCUCUGAAUGUUUUAGGUUCAUCUUAUUUGCACUUUAUAAAUAAGCAUUGAUUGAAGUAAAAACAUAGAAGCAGUUGGAUUUUAUCUGAUACUGGAUGGAUGGCACACUCAGUUGAAAUGGC